UCAAACGCAGUAAAAUUAAGACAGCCUGCGUCAUGAGUUUUAUCUUUGAGUUUUUCAGACGCAUUUUAGAAAGGAUGUUGCACAUUUUCAGCUCAGGGACCGAGAGCAUCAAAAACACGCUCAAAAUCUACAUAAAAACCAACACAGGCAAGUCGGUCAGCGUCGACUUAGACCCGAAAAUGGACAUAAAAGACGUGAAAGAGCUCGUCGGCCCCAAAAUUGGCAUGCAACCCCAAGAGGUGAAAAUCAUUUUUGCGGGCAAAGAACUGCUCGACACGACAAUAAUAGCGGAUUGCGAUUUAGGAGAUCAAAGUGUCCUUCACGCAGUAAGAGUGGUCAGGGCUGUUCCAACCUUUCCGCAGUCACCGGAUAAUCCUGCUGCUGAGGGCUCAAAGCCCAUGUGUGGUACUUUAAUGGACCUCCAAUUGACUGCGAAGGAGAGGGAAAUGCUUGGACUGUCUGAAGACAAAGCUGAAACCGAGAAGAAUCGAGCCCAUUUCUACGUGUAUUGUGGCGCCGUGUGUAGAGGAAUGAGAGCCGGAAAGCUGAGAGUGCGUUGCAGUCACUGCAAGAGUGGAGCUGUGACCGUGGUGCGCGACCCUUGCUGCUGGGAAGACGUGCUGACGCCUCAAAGGGUCGAAGUUCACUGCGAGUCUCCAGAGUGUGCAGGACAGCAGCGGUUCUCGCAGUUUUUCUUCCGGUGUGCCGAGCAUGUGUCCCAGGGCGAGGACGAGGAGGCUGUUGCCCUGUACUUGAUCAAGACAAACAUCAGGGACAUUCCAUGCUUAGCAUGUACGGAAAUUAGCAACCCUGUGUUGGUUUUCCCUUGCAUCGAAGGCCACGUGACCUGCAUGGAUUGUUUCCGACACUACUGUAGCUCUCGACUGAGAGAAAGGAGGUUCCACUCGGACCCCAAACUGGGCUACACCUUACCAUGCCCAGCUGGCUGUGAAAAUUCCUUUAUUGAGGAAACUCAUCAUUUUAGACUUUUAAGUGAUACUGAGUAUCAGCAAUAUCAACGUUUUGGAGCAGAAGAAUUUGUUCUCCAAGCUGGUGGGGUGCUUUGUCCUCAGCCUGGAUGCGGAAUGGGAAUUCUGGUAGAGGAAGGAUGCACAAAAGUUGCAUGCGCAAGUGGUUGCGGCUUUGUUUUUUGCCGAAACUGCCUUCAAGGCUAUCAUAUAGGCGAGUGCCAAGAGGUUGAAUCUGGAGCUACGGCCCUCGAACAGUCCGGCUACAGCGUAGACCCAGGCAGAGCUGCUCAGGCCCGUUGGGAUGAAGCAAGCAAAGUGGCAAUUAAAGUGACAACCAAACCCUGUCCCAAAUGCAGGACGCCGACUGAAAGAGAUGGUGGAUGUAUGCAUAUGAUUUGCACAAGGCCCCAGUGCGGCUUCAACUGGUGCUGGGUUUGUCAAACACCGUGGACCCGAGACUGCAUGGGAAAUCACUGGUUUGGCUAAUAAGUCGAACUUAUAAGGUAAAUUACUACGAAUCUUCCUUUACAAAAUUGCCAUAAAUUUACCCUUGUUGACAACUUUUUGAGAUUUUCUCAGAAAUAUAAAGCUAUUUUGAAUCUAUUAAUGGAUCAGUGUUUUGAUUUGGUCAUUACCGAGUGCAUCAACACUUGCCAAAAUAUAUCACAGCAAUGCCUUCAAAGCUAUAGUGAUGAUCGACGGGAGGGUGCAAACCAGAUAAUUAACAAGGCUAAUAAACUACUGGCAAUUUUUCUUAAAAGUUGCUCACCUUAAAGAAAAAAUGUUGCCAGUUAAAUUUCCUACAAUUUCUUUCAUGCAUAUCAAAAAAUACAUGAUUUAAGUAUCUAACAGCGCUGAAAAGAUAGAGGAGAUGAGUGCAAUGAGUCCCUUCCCCCUCUGGUGUGACAGCGCUGUGAUCGCGGAGUGGGCUUCCGAAAUCUUUUUCCAUAUAUUAUAUACAGAUUUGAUCAUUCAUCCGGGAAUUAUGAUUAUAUUAUGUACUUAAUUGGGUGGGUCCAGGAUAUAGAAGGGUAAUGUUAAAUGUUUUUCUUGAAAACGUGCCAUUUUAUUAUUCCAGGAAUAAUGAUCAUAUGAUCAAUCACAAACCUUUUUGUCUUGGCAUAAAAUGAUCAAUCAGAUCAAUAUUGACGAUCAUUAUCAAAAAUAACAAAAUAAGUAUUAUGAUCAUUAAAUUAUUCGUGGAAUAAUCCGAAUAAUGUUUCGGCGAUUUUUAAAGCCCACUCGGCGAUCUCAGCGCUGCCACACGUGUGAACGCGAGGGGGGGAAGGGACUUCUUAUUCUCCCGAUCGGAAUGAAACGCCUUUUGAGGAGGUUUUUGUUUUGGAGAAUAAAAAACAUUCCCUCUCCUUGGGUGGAAGCACGGAGUGGGGGGUGGUAUAUAUAGCAGCAGCAGACCACACAUUGUUCUCUAUGAAAGCAGUCCCGUACUCCCGUACGUGUUGUCACUUGUCUCGCGUCCGUGUGACUUAAUCAACAAGUUGGUCUAAAUUUGUGAAGCUCUUUGUCUUCUGAAAUUCGGCGGAAAAAGGCGAUUCACGCAGGACACGGCGCUUUAUUUGUUGCAGUACUCUUUUUUUUGCCAGAGAAUGGAACCAGUCGCUUUUAAAAAAAUAAUGGAUCCCAUCAAGAAUUUGGCUCGUCGUGACCUCCAGACCACAAAGGUCUUAUCCCAACCCUUGUCCGACGAGACAUUAUCGUCCACAGACGAAAUACUCAGUGCCUUGGACAACAGCAUCGACAGUGUGGAAGGAAACUCCAAGAAAAAAUUGAAGUUCCCUAACAUACUCACAAUGUUAAUAUACGUGAUCAGACUGUUUGGUGAAUCAUGCCUUUCUGAACAGCAGAUCCUCUUGGCCAACUUUGCACGUGCCUGCCAAGUGAUACACGAGUAUGCCAUUGCAACCGUGACCAGGGCGAAGUGGAAAAGUGCAGUAUUGGAAGUUGUGGGGGAAGCCCAUUUAUGUGUUCCGACUGCGAUGGCCAUAAAACUUUCUUCUGCAAUGUAUGUGUGCGCCUGAAGGAGAAGAAAUGCAU